CGCACAUACAUACACACACACGAAGAGGAGACAGGCCCUACCCACACACACACGCUGUUGAGUGCCUUCUCCCUUUGCAGCAAUGUCGGCCUCGUCAUCAAAUUUGAUCCCCAAGCUCGACGACCCAGCCAACAAGAGCGUCAUUGAGUUUGUGCGCGCACAGACGCCCGGCACAAAGUUUUCCUUUGAUGGCGAGCGGGGCAGCAAGCGGUCGCGGUUGUGUAUGCAUCCAGACGUGCCCGGCAAGCAGAUGGACUGCGUCGACAUUGCCCUCGAAGCCAAGGAGCUUUUUGCGACGAUGCAGAGGCUCAGCUUCUUCUGCCAGCUGCCACAAGAUCCGGCAAAGACACACAUCACCUGCGAGCGGAUCCCCAGCUAGCGUAGCGCAAACCUGGAUGAACUGAACGAAUAAAUCAAAAGACUCUGUCUGUACCCUCUCGAGAAUCCAGAGUGACGACGCAACCACCAAUCAAAUCAUCUGGGCACU